AAUCAUAAUCCCUAGACUAGCCUGAUCCCCUCCGUGAACCCCUGGAGAGUAUCCAGACAACGGUUAAUAUAAAGAACUCCUCACCUCCAUGCAUUGCCUAAGUCAAAGUGACCCUCGUCGACAAAGUUCUGUCGGAGAAUAAUUGUACGCUCAUCAGAUCACACUUAGGAGAAAACAUGGCUUCAGAGAAGAAGAGAAUAGCAGUGAUCGGGGCGGGGCCAGCCGGCCUAUGUACGCUCAAGCACCUGUCACAAAGCUCAGAGGACUAUGAAAUCGUUGCAUUCGAGCGAAACUUUUGGCCUGGGGGAUUAUGGGUCUACACUGAUAUGACCGGAAGUGACGAAUACGGAGUACCUAUCCACUCCGCAAUGUACAAGAAACUCAAGACCAAUUUGCCAAAAGAACUACAAGAAUUUCCGGGGUUUCAGUACCCGAAGGAAUGGAAAUCUUAUAUCUCCAGAAAACAAUGCCUCCAGUACCUGAACGAAUUCACCGACCAUUAUGACCUUCGUAAAUAUAUCAAGACCAAUAUGCUUGUACGAGAGGUCAGUCCCGUCAACACGACUGACCAAGUCCGCUGGAACAUCAUAUACUCUGAUAUACGUAAACUGGGGGAGACCACCCAGGAGGUGUUCGAUGCUGUGUUUGUCUGUAAUGGGCACGAUUCCAAACCGAACAUUCCCGACAUUGCUGAUAUGGACAAAUUCUGCGGGAAAAUUCUACACAGCAGAGACUAUCGUCACGUGGAGUCUUUCGCCAAUCAAAGAGUAGCCGUGCUCGGGAUGCAUUACUCGGGAGAAGACAUCGCAAUUCAAGUUUCGACCCAAGCAAAAAGAGUUUACGCAUGUCACAGAAGGAAGACCAUGUCGCCCUCAUUCCCAGAUGACAUCAUACAGAAACCGUCAAUCGUGCGCAUGACCGAAACAACAGCCGUUUUUACCGAUGGAACGGAAGCGGAAGUGGAUUCUGUCAUAUUCUGCACCGGAUACAAAUACAGCUUCCCGUUCCUUCAGGAAGGCCUGAUCAGUACGGAGAAUGAGAGGGUGACACCGCUCUACAAGCACAUGGUCCACAUAGAUUACCCCAACCUAAUCUUUGUCGGGAUCCCGAAGCAGUGGAAUCACUUUCCGCAAAUACACAAUCAGUCCAAAGUCGCGGUCGCUGCUCUAGAGGGAAGGGCGCCACUUCCGUCGAAGGAGGAAAUGAAACGCGAGAGUGAUCAAGAAUAUCAGGAUCUGUUGGAUGCAGGGAAGCCCAAAACUUACUACCACUUCUUUGGGGACGAGGAUCGUCAGUGGCGCUUCAACAAGGAGCUGGCUGAGUGGGCGGGCAUUGAGCCCCUCCCCCCAGUGAUGGAGAAGCUAAAUGACUAUGUGAUGCUGGAGAGAUUCAACAAUCUCCUGGGCUUCAACUCCAUAGACUACCAAGUCACUGGGCCCGAUUCAUUCAAAGUUUUAAACAAGUGAUGCCUAGCACCCAUUUUAAAGAACAUUCUCCCGUUUCAUUGUUUUGUUGUUGAUACCUUGUGGAUAUGAAUCUCGUUCAAUAAAUAUCAGUUGUAGUUGUUAA